AUGGCAUACGUUGGUGGUAUCCGCGGCGAUAUACACGAAAGGAACUUCGACGACCAAAAGGACGACGGAUUUGUGCAGGGCCUUGCCACAACUCCCUACAGAGAUUUCAAGGACCGAGUGCAGACAGCAGCCCCUGGAACAUUGCUGGCUAAGCACCUCAUCGAUCGUGCCACAUGGGGUCCUGACCGCACGAUCUGCUACUUCUUUUUCAAUGAUCCUAUUUGCCAGAAACCAGCUCUCAUCCGUCAUGCUCGUCACUUAUAUGAUGAAAACGGCAGGGGUUACACUCAAACCCAAUACGGUUUACGGUCUGUUCUGUCCAAUGUCAUCAACGAUCCUAAAUGCGGGAACUUGGUCUACAUACUUGAUGCGUUGAACGAGUGCAGAGAGCAGGCGGAAUUGCUUCAAGUCAUUCGGGUUCUGUGUACGAGCAAUCGGCAACACCAAAUGAAGCUCAAACUCACAUCUCAUCCGCGCCCUAAGAUGUAUGACCAUUUGCGUCAUCUGCUCCAAGGUAUAACUAGAUGGCGAUGGUUGAACUUGGACAACUGGAGCCUGAAGAAGGAAGUAGACGACGAUAUCAAGCGAUAUGUCAAGUAUGCCGUUCACAAACUGGCCACCCGCGGAGGCUUCCGAGCAUCUGCAUUGCGUCGUGUCGGGAAGACAAUGUUUGAAAGGGCGGGAAGCACGUAUCUCUGGGCCAAUGAAACGAUUCGUAUGCUAGAGGAUCCCGACAUCUACACGCAAAGACCGCUGGAAACACUUCUAUCCACGCAAUUGCCUACAGUUAUCUCACAGGUUUAUCGUGAAAUGAUUGAGCGGAGCGAAGACGGAAAUUAUGCCAUGAAAAUUCUCUCCAUUGCCUGUGCCGCGACGCGACCGCUGACCUUGGCGGAACUGCAUGUGGCCCUCACGAUCAAGCUUGGAGACAGGAAGGUCAAGUACCUUCAAUCGUCGGACGAAUCAUCCUGCAGCCAGCAUAUCGUGACAGCGAGCGUGGAUCUCCUCCAUAUCACAGAGAAGAGGGUACACUCUCUGCAUUGGUCGCUUCGCCACUUCCUACUCCAAGGGCCUGGUGGUGAUGGCAUGGUGAAUCCUGGCAACCCCCAGCUUCUGCUUGCAACCAGCUGCAUCGCCGACCUUUUGCUCGACGAGCUCGCUGUGGAUCCCCUGCCCGAAUCCAUACAAGAUGGAACCCCCAAGUCCGAUGGUCGAUUCAAGGAGUAUCUCGAGCGGCAUCCAUUUCUGGGGUACGCGGCUGAAUUCUGGGCCUCCCACCUUAGCCUCGUCACCAAUGGAGGUGAAAAGCUCUCGCCAAUGGCGAUCACCCUCUGUGACACCAAGUCAGACCGGUUCAAGACCUGGUUUCGGGUUUUCUGGAGUACAAUCGACGAAGCCCCCUUUCCAUGUCCUCGGGAAUUCUCCAGCAUGAUGGUUGCGUCGUUCCUAGGUCUCGAGCACGUCGUUACCAAACAGUUCCAAGCGCAGCCACGGAAUAGUGUCGAAUAUUCAGGCGAUCAUGGAUGGACUGCCUUGAUAUGUGCCGCACACAAUGGCCAUGGAGUGAUUCUCAGCCUACUUUUGAGAGAGGGAGCCGAUCCUUACCAUGGCGAUGACAAAGGCAGGACGGCGAUACACCACGCCGCUUUCAGAGGCAAGGCAGAUAUACUCAGACUUAUGCUAGAACGCCGUUUCAACCUCUGGAUGAGGGAUGUACAUGGCUGCACUCCCCUACAUCUUGCCGCCAUGCAAGGCCACGAGGAAGUCCUCAGCAUCCUGCCAGACUGGGAAAGCUCAAUCGACGACCGGGACGACAUGGGACGUACAGCUCUGCAUUAUGCUGCUUUAAACAACCAGGAGGCCAUAGUGCGCCUGCUCCUUGCCCACGGGGCGGAUCCAGACCUAAAGGACCACGCUGGCAGAAGAGCUAGAGGUUUUGCCGUUGAGCCUCUUGGGAAAGCCGCAUCUAGCGACCAAGUCGACUUGCAUGCUCCCCACACGGUCGAUGAGUCGGCGAUUGUCGGUGAUGGGGCGCCCAAUGUCGAGUCCACAGUGUCCCAACCCUUGACUUCGAUAGACCGACGAAGAAGGAUCAUCGUCACAGAAAAGGUUGAAAAUGUCAUACGCAGCCAACCAACCACAAACAAUCUUGUGUUCCAAGUCCUCGAGGCAAAAGGGGAUGCUCCAAAACUUUCUAACGAACCUAUCGGACGGACCGACGAUGUGGACAGCCUGUUCAACGCGAAUGUUGUUGACAUCAAGUUCUCCGAUGGUGUCGCACGUCCUCUCAAAGAGGCAGACAAGCCCACACUCAGAGAUAUUGUCAACGGCAAGGCCGUCAUUUACAGAAACUUGCCGGCUGAAGUGCAGCGCCUCAGAUGGCUACAUCUUCCAGCAAAUAACAUGAGAUGGAUCGAGCUCAUGAUGCAGCAGUACGAGAGUGUAGGAAAAGUUUCGCGGGCUGUUGUCCUGCGUCCUGAUCUUUGGAUUGAACGACUACACAAAGCCUCGCCUAACAGACCCCAUGCUUGCUUCUUGACUCCCUUCUGCGAGUCUAUAAACAAGCGUGACAGCCAUGAAGACUUUGUAUUCAUUAUGCCGUACAUCCACUGGGAGAAGUGGGAGACGUUUGUCGACAUGAGAGACUAUGCAAAGAGCAUCAUGCAGGAUCGUGGCGAGAUGCAUGAAGAGGACCAGCACAAGAGGCUCAUUUGGGCAUAUCUGAAUCCCAAAGACGGUAGCAACCCUAUUCACCUUCGCCGUACGCUCGACCAGUAUUACUACUUCUCCCUGGACGACACCAGCGACAGAGAUGGUGAUCAAGUGACAGGUCGCCUAUUCGAUCGCGGUGAUCUCGUUGGCGACAAGGUCCUUAUGAUGGUAGACCAGUUGUGGCUCUUCCCUGAGAGGUGGAGCUACCAAGGUGAACCUCACGAGCGCACUGAUAUUGCCCGCAACAUCGAGACGAAUUCUUCUCCAAUCCGGUCAACAUAUGAAUUUGCCGAACUCAUUAUUGGCGAGUGCCUGAGAACAUGCCUCGACCCGAGUAAGGGUGGCGAUAAGACAGUCCACUUCUUGGAGCACUAUGAGAUGUCGAUAGGGGCAGUGACCAACAAAGAAGCUCAACAAUUCAAGAAAUUCUCCUCCAUGGUAGAGAACUUGAAGAACCAGGACACGGGCCAUGACCUGGACAAGAAUAGUCGAGACUUUCUUGAUAUCCGCAAAGAGGUCGAACUGUUGAAAGAGGUCAAGGAUAUUCGCGACGAACUCCACACCCUUUUGAUAAUCUUCCAAGAUCAGCAAAAGGUCCUCAAGGAUCUGAAGAGACUCGCCCAGGGUGUCAAGCUCCCAAGCCAUACUUCUCGAAAAGACAAGAAGCCCAAACCUCUGCAAGCGGCUGGUGGUGUCGAGGUGCACAACGGCGACGACAGUCAACCUGAAGUCACCACAGACGACCGAGAGCCGGAAGCAGACUUUGGCAUCCCCAGAUUCGCCAUACCAUGCCAGAUCGUGGACCGGAACAUUGCUGAUAUCAAGAGAAUGGACGAUCACGCUGGAAGAACACUAGACGCGCUUAACCAUCUGGUCGACCUCAAACAGAAGCAUGCAAGCCUCCUCGAAGCGCGCUGGGCCCGCCAUGAAGCCGUGCAGACACGGAGACAAGCCGAAGAAACAGCCAGGCAGGGUAAUACGAUUAUGGUCUUCACCAUUGCCACUAUAGUUUUCUUCCCCCUAUCCUUUAUCGCGGCAUUCUUCGCCAUCAACAUCGUCGAGUUCCCCAAAGACCCCGACGGCCUCCAUCUCGGCUAUGUCUCCAAGUAUAUGUUCUCCAUCUCCGCCGCCAUCAUCAUUCCCCUCAUCCUCAUCGCCUUCAACGUCAACGAAGUUGCUGCCGCCUUUGCCUCCUUUGGCAAAUUGGCGCGCCGUCACAGCACCUACCUUGUAUCCACUCUGGAGCUCAGUCGCUGGGCUUCUCGCCGCCCUAAAAACAAAGCGCCAGUCCAAAUAGCCUCAGACUCAGCUGCAGAGGUAGCAGUCAACGUCGACAGCAAUAGCUUUGUCGAGGGAAAGCCACCGCAUCCCAAGCUCGAGAAGCCCUCCCAACAGAGCACCAUCACUGCCUCCAAACCAGGCGGCGACACCAGAGACGGGUCUGUCGAUGAUAGCCUCACGCCCCACACAGCCGACCGGUCGCCCCAUGCGCUGCUGGACGUGCUGUGGUAUGUCAUCUUUGUGCUCCCUUUGGGGGAGGUGCAUUUUGCGCUGCGGCUACUCGGCUGUGUCGGGCAGGAUCCUGGUGGUCAAGAGGGGCAGGUCGGAAAAGGAGGAUGGUCCGCAGCGGCGGCGGUGGUACGUGUAGUGGUCAAGAGCGCCUCUGUCGGAGCAGAAGAAGAGUCAUCCCAGAAAUCGGAUGAGGACGAGGAUUCAGACAAGGGGCAGACGAAGAGCAAGAAGAGUAGUUGGCAGAUGCGGAGAGGGCCCAAGACCCUGGCUGGAGCCGCCGUCAGCUUUCUUCGUCUGUGUCUCGUCCCCCUGUGGACCGUGGUGUUGGUGCUUGUAGCGUCGGCCUUUACCAUCGUCUACGUCGUCGUCACGCUCCUGUUUGACGACAGUCCCAUCCAGAGCGUGGUUCGACGUCGGAUUCGUCCUGGCCGUGGGAGCUCGCCGCUGCCGUCGGCGUAG